UAUGCUUGACACACGAGUUAGAAAGAAAACCAGGUUUGAAAUAGGAAACAAAAUCUUCUCUCUCUCCACUCUCCAGCACCCACCCCAAAAACGAUCUUUCUGUCAGAGAUUCAGAAUUCAGAACACGGCAGCAUCCUUUCACUGGAAAGUGCAAACCCACCUCCGAACCAUGUCAAUAUCCAAAACCCUAUUUGGGUUUUGCCUGAUGACAUUAUUCUCUGUGAUUUAUGCGGCAGAAACCCACCACCCAAAUAAAAAAUCAAGCGAGGUGACAGUGAAACCAACGGCCUACGAAAUGCUUGAGAAGUUCAAUUUUCCAAAGGGGAUUCUCCCAGAAGGUGUGAAGGGAUACGUGCUUCAUGAUGAUAACAGAUUUGAGGUGUUCCUUGAUGGGGACUGUGAGUUUGAGGUUGAAGGAUACAGUCUGUAUUACAAGAGUAAGAUUACAGGAACAGUUGGAUUUGGUUCUCUGAAGGAUUUGGACGGUGUGACUGUGAAGGUUUUGUUUAUGUGGCUUGGCAUCACUGAGGUGAAUAGAGGAAAUGGGAAUAUAGAUUUCUAUGUUGGACCUCUGUCUGCAUCUUUCCCACUCUACAAUUUCGAUGUGAGCCCCCGAUGCGGUUGUGGAUUUAAUUGCCUUACCACGGUAUCAAUUUCCUGAAGACAGGACAUGCUUUUUCUCUUUCAUUUGUUCAUGGAUGAAUGUGUUGUCUUGUAUAAACUGAAUUUGGUUUGCUUGAAGAAUUAGUAUAUAAUUGGUGCUAGUGGUGAGAAACUGAGAAUUAGCCAUAUCUAGGUUCUCUUUCAUCAGAAGCUUGUUGGGCAUCUUCUUUCCCCUUUGAAGAAAUGGUGAUCUAAGGAGUACAAGAUACCACUUUCUUCUAUGCCUUAUUUAUCUCUCUGUUCACAUUUUCCCUGCUUUUUUCUUUUCUUAUUUAGGAAUAUCAACCGGCCCCUAAUUCAAUUUUGAUAUAUGAGAUCGAGUUGGCCUAUUGAUCCAUA